AUGGACACACGUCUGCUCAUCCUCUUCCUCUCUCCACCUGUGAAGACCCCAGACUCAGGAAUCACCCGACACCUGCAGCAUGAAGCAGAGAUCCUCAAACCUGGUGAAAGCGACCCGUACCAUGUGUACUGUACGAUCCAGGAUGAACCGAACUCUGGGAUGGUUGACAACGUUCAUCGUGACUUUUACAACUUAUCAGACUUUAAGAGAUAUUAUUAUUCUCCACUCCACAAUGACUCUGAGAACAAUCUCUCUCUGGACCGUCCGGUGACAAAGACCACAGACAAAGAGACUCCUCUUCGGGGUGUCCACUGCAUUACAGAUUUCUCCACCUGGUUCCUGGUCCUGCUGGUGUCCUGUGGUCUGGUGACGGGCAGUGUCCUGACAGUUCUGGGCUUUCUCUGCUCACGUAGAAUCAAAGGCAAACGUGACGUCACAGCUUCACAAGGCCCAGAUUUGGAGCUUCAUAGUGAUGGAUAUGAGAAACUAGGAGCUUCAGAUGUUUACACAAGUAUGGCACAUGUAACAUCAACAUUACACGACGCUCAGAUGAUGGAGAUUCAAAUGUAUGGACAAGAAUGGCCCCUUCUCCACAUGAGGAUGGUUCACAUUCAGUUCUUCUUUGCUGGGGAUACCAACAGCCUGGGCAUUUUGCACAGGAUUGCACUGGUCCCCGGGUUUACAAUCAACCGCGAAGUAGGUUGGGUGGUCAGAGGUCAAGGGACUUUAGCGGAGCACUUCAGCGGGACCGAGCUGCACCUCCCGCGGCAGUUUGGAGACUGCCAAUCGGCCACUAAACAAAUCCUGAGCGCUGUUUCCACCGGCGCAACUCCUCCUGCCUCCGCUGCUCUGGGUUGA